AUGAGCGAAGAAAACCUAUCAGAAGUGGCCGUGUCCCAGAACGAGCAAUACGAGGUCACCGACUACUCCAGCAAACACGCCAAGCUGGCGCCACACUUCAUCGGUCUGAACACCGUCCAAGUGGCCGAGGACUCGCCUCUCAAAGAGUUUGUCAAGUCCCACGGAGGUCACACCGUCAUCUCCAAAGUGCUCAUCGCCAACAAUGGUAUUGCCGCCGUUAAAGAGAUCCGGUCCGUUAGAAAAUGGGCCUACGAGACCUUUGGCGACGAGAGAGCCGUCCAGUUCGUCGUCAUGGCCACCCCUGAGGACAUGGAGGCCAACGCAGAGUACAUCCGUAUGGCCGACCAGUACGUCGAAGUUCCAGGUGGAACCAACAACAAUAACUACGCCAACGUCGACUUGAUCGUCGAGCUCGCAGAGAGAGCCGACGUCGAUGCUGUCUGGGCAGGUUGGGGUCACGCCUCCGAAAACCCAUUGCUGCCCGAGAGGCUAGCAAAGUCCAAGAGAAGAGUCUUAUUUAUUGGUCCCCCAGGUAACGCCAUGAGGUCUUUGGGUGACAAAAUUUCAUCCACCAUUGUCGCACAACACGCCAAAGUCCCAUGUAUCCCUUGGUCCGGUACAGGCGUCGAUAAGGUGCACAUCGACGAUGAGAAUGGCCUGGUAUCCGUCGACGACGACGUGUACCAAAAAGGUUGCUGUACUUCCCCAGAAGACGGUUUGGCAAAGGCCAAGAAAAUCGGCUUCCCAGUUAUGAUCAAAGCUUCCGAGGGUGGUGGUGGUAAAGGUAUCAGAAAAGUUGAAAGAGAAGAAGAGUUUAUCUCAUUAUAUCAGCAGGCUGCCAAUGAAAUCCCAGGCUCUCCAAUUUUCAUUAUGAAAUUGGCCGGUAAAGCUCGUCACUUGGAAGUGCAAUUGUUGGCCGAUCAAUACGGUACCAACAUCUCUCUUUUCGGCCGUGACUGUUCUGUACAAAGACGUCAUCAAAAGAUUAUAGAAGAAGCUCCCGUAACAAUCGCCAAACCAGAGACUUUCACAGAGAUGGAGAAAUCCGCCGUGAGGUUGGGUAAAUUGGUUGGUUACGUCUCCGCCGGUACCGUCGAGUAUUUGUACUCUCACGACGACGGCAAAUUCUACUUUUUGGAGUUGAACCCAAGAUUGCAAGUCGAGCAUCCAACCACUGAAAUGGUCACCGGUGUCAAUUUGCCAGCCGCCCAAUUGCAAAUCGCCAUGGGUAUCCCCAUGCAUAGAAUUAGAGAUAUUAGAUUGUUGUACGGAGUCGACCCUCACACCGCCACCGAAGUUGACUUCGAUUUCAGCUCCACGGGUUCUUUGCAAACUCAAAGAAAGCCCACUCCCAAGGGUCAUUGUACCGCUUGUCGUAUUACUUCUGAAGAUCCAAACGAAGGUUUCAAGCCUUCUGGUGGUUCCUUGCAUGAAUUGAACUUCCGUUCUUCCUCCAAUGUCUGGGGUUAUUUCUCCGUGUCCAGCAGCGGUGGUAUCCACUCUUUCUCCGAUUCUCAAUUCGGUCACAUUUUCGCCUUUGGUGAAAACAGACAAGCUUCUAGAAAGCACAUGGUUGUUGCCUUGAAAGAAUUGUCUAUCAGGGGUGAUUUCAGAACCACUGUGGAAUACCUGAUUAAACUUCUGGAAACUGAAGAUUUCGAAGACAACACAAUCACCACCGGUUGGUUGGAUGAUUUGAUCUCUCAAAAAAUGACCGCUGAAAAGCCAGACUCUACUUUGGCUGUCAUUUGCGGUGCUGCCACCAAGGCCUUCAUCGCCUCUGAAAAUGGCCGUAAGGACUACAUCAGCAGUCUCCAAAGGGGUCAAGUUCCAAACAAGAACUUGUUGCAAACUAUGUUCCCAGUCGAGUUCAUUCAUGAAGGGAAAAGAUACAAAUUCACGGUUGCCAAGUCCGCUGACGAUCGUUACACUUUGUUCAUCAACGGUUCCAAGUGUGAAGUUGGUGUGCGUAAAUUGUCCGAUGGUGGUUUGUUGAUUGCUCUUGGUGGUAAAUCUCAUACCAUCUACUGGAAGGAAGAAGUGUCUGCCACCAGAUUGUCAGUCGAUUCUAUGACCACUUUGCUAGAGGUGGAAAAUGACCCAACUCAAUUGCGUACUCCUUCUCCAGGUAAGCUAGUGAAGUUCUUGGUUGACAGCGGUGACCACGUCGACGCUGGUCAGCCAUAUGCCGAAGUUGAAGUCAUGAAGAUGCAAAUGCCUCUUGUUUCACAAGAAAGUGGUAUUAUCCAACUUUUAAAACAACCUGGUUCCACUGUGGCUGCUGGUGAUAUCUUGGCUAUCUUGGCCCUUGACGAUCCUUCUAAAGUCAAGCACGCUUUGCCAUUCGAAGGUAUGUUACCUGAACUUGGUGCCCCAAUCGUGGAAGGUACGAAGCCUGCUUACAAGUUCAAGUCAUUGUUGACUACUUUGGUAAACAUCUUGAAUGGUUACGAUAACCAAGUCAUUAUGAAUGCUUCUUUGCAACAGUUGAUCGAAGUGUUGAGAAACCCUCAAUUGCCAUACUCAGAAUGGAAAAUGCAAAUCUCAGCUUUGCACUCUAGAUUGCCAAUCAAGUUAGAUGAACAAUUGGAACAACUAGUUGACCGUUCUUUGAAGCGGGGUGCCGAUUUCCCAGCUCGUCAACUUGGCAAACUUCUAGAUAUUGCUCAAACUGAACGUGCUAGCGACCCAUUGUUCGCCAGCGUUAUUGAACCAUUGUUGGACAUUACCAACCGUUAUGCAAAUGGAUUGGAAGCUCACGAACACUCAGUUUUCGCCAAAUUCUUGGAAAGCUACUACCAAGUUGAAAAACUUUUCAGUGGCUCUAAUAUUCGUGAAGAAGAUGUCAUUUUGAGACUGCGUGAUGAGAAUUCCGACAAUUUGGAUAACGUUGUUGUCACCGUUUUGUCUCACUCUAGGGUGUCUGCCAAAAACAAUUUGAUUUUGGCUAUUUUGAAGCAUUAUCAACCACUUUGUAAGUUAUCCUCAGAGGUUUCUUCAGCUAUUGCGGAACCUUUGAAACACAUUGUGGAUCUAGAGUCUAAGGCUACCGCUAAGGUUGCUCUUCAAGCUAGAGAAAUCUUGAUUCAAGGUGCUCUACCUUCUGUUAAAGAGAGAAGCGAUCAAGUUGAACACAUCUUGAAGAGCUCUGUUGUGAAGACUGCUUACGGCGCUUUUGACACGAAACGCACCGAACCUGAUCCUGAAAUUAUCAAGGACUUGAUAGACUCCAACUAUGUCGUUUUCGAUGUUUUGACCCAAUUUUUGACUCACCGCGACCCAGCAGUUGCUGCUGCCGCUGCUGAAGUCUACAUCCGUCGUGCUUACAGAGCAUACACGAUCGGUGAAUUGAAAAAUUAUGGCGUUCCUAAGAGUACCGUGGUUGAAUGGAAAUUCCAAUUGCCAUCUGCCGCUUUCACAUCCGUUCCUCAAGUGAAGACCAAGCUAGGUAUGAACAGAGCUAUUUCUGUCUCUGAUUUAACUUUCACUUCCGAAACUGAUAACCAGCCUUUGAGAACUGGUAUCUUGGUUGCUUCUCCUCAUUUGGAUGAUGUUGACGAAGGCUUGUCUAAGGGUCUCCAGAUUAUCCCACAUCACUUUUCUUCCAGUGGCCCUGCACCUGAUAGAUCUGGUUCUAACGCCACUUUGAGUAACGUUGCCAAUGUCUUCGUGUCUUCUACAGAGGGCUUCGAAUCCGAAAAGGAAAUCUUGAGUAGAUUGAGAGAAAUUCUUGACAUGGAAAAACAGAAUUUGGUCAAUGCCGCUAUCCGUCGUAUCACCUUUAUCUUUGGUUACAGCGAUGGUACAUAUCCAAAGUAUUACACCUUCAGAGGUCCAAACUAUGUUGAGGAUGAAACUAUUCGUCACAUUGAACCUGCUUUGGCUUUCCAAUUGGAAUUGGGAAGAAUGUCUAAUUUCAACAUCAAGCAGAUUUUUACUGAAAACAGAAACAUUCACGUUUACGAAGCCACUGGUAAGAACUCCCCAGUUGAUAAAAGAUUCUUUACUAGAGGUAUCAUUAGAACCGGCCGCAUCAGCGAUGAUAUCACUAUCCAAGAAUAUUUGACCUCCGAAGCAAACAGAUUGAUGAGUGACAUUUUGGAUAACUUGGAAGUUAUCGACACUUCUAACUCUGAUUUGAAUCACAUCUUUAUCAAUUUCUCAGCUGUUUUUGACGUUUCCCCUGAGGAUGUCGAGGCUGCAUUUGGAGGUUUCUUGGAAAGAUUUGGUAAAAGAUUGCUAAGAUUGCGUGUCGCUGCCGCUGAAAUCCGCAUUAUAAUCAAGGAUCCUCAAACCGGAACGCCUGUUCCUUUGAGAGCAUUGAUUAACAAUGUUUCUGGUUAUGUCGUCAGGACUGAAUUAUACACAGAGGUGAAGAAUGCUCAAGGUGAAUGGGUCUUCAAGUCUAUGGACAAGCCUGGUUCAAUGCACUUGAGACCAAUUGCCACUCCAUACCCAGCAAAGGAAUGGUUGCAACCAAAGCGCUACAAGGCUCAUUUGAUGGGUACCACUUAUGUGUAUGAUUUCCCUGAAUUAUUCCGUCAAGCCGCAGUCUCUCAAUGGAAGAAGUAUUCUCCAAAGACUAAAUUGAAUGAUGAGUUUUUCAUCUCUAACGAAUUAAUCGAAGAUGAUAAUGGUGAAUUGGCUGAAAUUGACCGUGAAGCUGGUGCUAAUACUAUUGGUAUGGUUGCCUUCAAGAUCACUGUCAAGACCCCCGAAUAUCCUCGUGGACGUCAAUUUGUGGUUAUUGCUAAUGAUAUCACUUUCAAGAUUGGUUCAUUUGGUCCUCAAGAAGAUGAUUUCUUCAACAAGGUUACUGAGUACGCCAGAAAGCGUGGUAUCCCAAGAAUCUACUUGUCUGCAAACUCUGGUGCCAGAAUUGGUAUUGCUGAAGAAUUGGUCCCACUAUUCAAGGUAGACUGGAACGAAAAGGAAAACCCUGCAAAGGGUUUCAACUACUUGUACCUAGGUGCCGAGGAUAUGGCUGAGCUAAAGAAGCAAGGAAAGGACAACACAAUCGUCACUGAGCGUGUUGUUGAAGAAGGAGAAGAGCGUUUUGUUAUCAAAGCAAUUAUUGGUGCUGAUGAUGGCUUAGGUGUUGAGUGUUUGAAGGGUUCCGGUUUGAUCGCUGGUGCCACUUCCCGUGCUUACAAGGACAUCUUCACCAUUACCUUGGUUACCUGUAGAUCUGUUGGUAUUGGUGCUUAUUUGGUUAGACUUGGUCAAAGAGCUAUCCAAAUCGAAGGCCAACCAAUUAUUUUGACUGGUGCCCCUGCCAUCAACAAGUUGCUUGGUAGAGAAGUUUACUCAUCGAACUUGCAGUUGGGUGGUACUCAAAUCAUGUACAACAAUGGUGUUUCUCACUUGACUGCUCAAGAUGAUUUGGCUGGUGUUGAAAAGAUCAUGGAAUGGUUGUCCUAUAUUCCAGCUAAGCGUAACUUGCCGGUUCCUAUUUUGGAGACAGAAGACAAAUGGGACAGAGAGAUCGAUUUUGCACCUGUUCCAAACCAGCCUUACGAUGUUAGAUGGAUGAUUGAAGGUCGCGACGCUCCAGAUGGUUUUGAAUAUGGUUUCUUUGACAAGGGUUCCUUCCAAGAAACGCUUUCAGGCUGGGCUAAGGGUGUCGUUGUAGGAAGAGCUCGUUUGGGUGGUAUUCCAUUGGGUGUGAUUGGUGUUGAAACCAGAAUGGUUGAAAACUUGAUCCCAGCUGAUCCUGCUAACCCUGACUCUACCGAAUCUUUGAUCCAGGAAGCUGGUCAGGUCUGGUAUCCAAACUCCGCCUUUAAGACAGCUCAAGCUAUUAACGACUUCAACUAUGGUGAGCAAUUGCCAUUGAUGAUCUUGGCUAACUGGAGAGGUUUCUCUGGUGGCCAACGUGAUAUGUACAAUGAAGUGCUAAAAUACGGUUCCUUCAUUGUUGAUGCUUUAGUUAACUACAAGCAACCAAUCUUCACCUAUAUUCCACCAACUGGUGAAUUGAGAGGUGGUUCUUGGGUUGUUGUCGAUCCAACUAUCAAUUUGGAACAGAUGGAAAUGUAUGCAGACAUUAACGCCAGAGCAGGUGUUUUGGAACCUGAGGGUAUGGUUGGUAUCAAAUACCGUAGAGAAAAGCUUCUAUCCACCAUGGCAAGGUUGGAUGAUAAAUAUAAGAGCUUAAAGGAGCAGCUAUCUGAUGAUUCUCUAACUGCCGAUCAACAUCAAGAGAUUGCCAACCAAUUGGCUGAUCGUGAAAAGAUUUUGUUGCCGAUCUAUCACCAAAUCACAGUCCAAUUUGCUGACUUACAUGAUAGAUCUGAGCGUAUGUUGGCAAAGGGUGCCAUUAGAAAGGAGUUAGAAUGGUCUCAAGCUCGUCGCUUCUUUUUCUGGAGAUUGAGAAGAAGACUAAAUGAAGAGUACUUGGUAAAGAGAUUGGAUAACGAGUUGCCAACCGCGUCCAGACUCGAAAAGAUUGCAAGACUAGCAUCUUGGUACCCUGCCUCAAUUGACCAAGACGAUGACAGAGUUGUUGCCAAUUGGAUUGAGGAUAACUAUCAAGUGUUGGAGGAGCACUUAAAAUCUUUGAAGAUGGAAUCUUUUGCUCAAAACUUGGCCAAAUCGAUCAGAAGCGACCACGAAAACACAAUCAGUGGGUUGAGCGAAGUUUUGAAAUUACUGUCUGCUGAAGAUAAAGCAAAGAUCCUUAAGAGCUUGAAAUAA